AUGAAUUCGUUACUUUUCUGGAAUUGCAGGGGAGCUAGGAAGAAGGAGGCUUCCUUGUAUCUCAAGGAGAUAGUUAGAGAUCAUGGUGUUUGCUUUGUUGGAUUGAUGGAGACCAAGUUAUCUAGUAUUGAUAGAACUGAUGUUGAUUUUCUGAUUGGGAAGGAUUGGGAUUACUUUCAUUUCCCUGAUGUGAGCACUGCGGGUGGUAUUAUGGUGCUUUGGAAUUCGAAAAGUGUUUCUUUUACUGUUGAAAGAAGUGAUUCUCAAGUUGUGGUUGGAUCUCUUCAUACACCUUCUUUGGGUGUGUGGAAGGUAGCUACAGUAUACAGUAGUAGGUGUAAUAAUGAGAGAAGGAUUCUUUGGAGUAUGCUGGAGAACAGUUUGAUGGAUUCGGGUCAUGCCAUUGUGGUGGGGUGGGGGGGGGACUUCAAUUGUUUUGUUGGACCAAGUUUUACUUGGUGUAACAAUAAAGAUGGUUCUUCGAGGAUAUGGGAAAGGCUUGAUAAGUGUUUACUCAAUUCCUCAGCUCUUCAGUUGAUGCCAUUUGGUAAAGUUAAACAUCUAGCUCGGGUGGCGUCGGAUCACAGCCCAAUUGUGUUCAACAUGGAUGCACGGAAAAUCAACAGAAACAAAAGUUUUAGAUUUGAAGACACUUGGAGGUCAUACCCGGCUGCUUGGAGUAUAGUUAAAAAUUCUUGGAGGAAGGCUGACUUUGGGGAUGAAGAAGAUAUACUUCAUACAAAAUUGAAGAGAUCUUUAAGAGCAUUAUUUUUCUAG